AAUGUAAUGGGACAAAACCAGGGCAGGGAGGGGGACCCAGGGCAGGACAACAGCUCUGCAGGACCAAAGGAAAAGGGACCAAGCCCAGACCCUGGGGGGGAAACGGAGGAAGGAAACUCAACCAUUGAGACUUGUGAUGUGGUGGCAGACGAAGAGAAAGCAGCCGGUGGAAGCUUGGAUGAAGGCCCAGGCAGGGAGUCAACAUCACCUACGCUGGAGCGGCUUUUGGAAUCUUACGAUAAGGUGUGUGCUCCCACGGAUGGGGGGUUGGUGGAGGGAGGGGAUGGAGAGAAAGAGGGAGGCUGGGCUGAAACGCUGGCUUCGCAGCAGCUGAAUGAAAUCAGACGGUCUGAUAGCGGCACACAAGGCACACGGGAGGCCAGAAGCGGUGAACCUGCGUGUGAGAUAGAGGAUAUGGAACAAGCAAGAGUUGGUGAAGUUGUAGACCUGGGGAGUAUGCAAGAAGGCGAUCUGGAUGGAGAGCAUCAGGAGAACCUGAGGUGUGACCUUCUUGGCAAAGACAAGAGUGAAUGGCCUCAUGAGAAAGCAAACGGGGGUGAAAAGGAAACACGUGAAUUAGAUGAAAAGGCCAAAAUGGAACCUGUCUAUGAAAUUGAAAACAAGCGAAUGUGCCAAGACGGAAACGGAAAACUAGAAACUGGAGCUACAUAUAUUCUAAAUAUAAAUACCGCCGGGAUUGUGGAAGGUGCCAGUGAUAUCGGUCUAACAAACACAAGGCCUGUUAAGGUGACUUCUGAGGUGACGGAGAAGAAGGACUUGGCAAAAUUAAUGGACACUGAUGGACACAGGGAGGGUGGAGUUUUCAACACAGGUACCUCACCUGCAGUCCACUUUUUGAUUCAAGACAAAGCAUCCGUUUCCAGAACUAACAACGAAAAUGAAGAUGAAUCACACAAUGAGAGGCCGUUUAACACAUCAAACCCUGGGAUGAACUCACCAAAGACUUUGAAAAACAUUACGGCAGCAAUUCAGCAAGUCAAACAAGAAACCGAGAAGCCAUCUGAGGAUCCAGAUAAGGAUGUUACAAAAAACCCAAACACAGAACACUCCCCAAAGAAUGUUGAAAUACAGGGACGUACAAUGAAAGACAUCUACGGAGGUAAAGAAAAUGUUGCAGGCUUUCAGCCAGCGGAUGAUGUCAGAUUGACUAGGUCAUCACUAGCAGGUGCAGAUAUACAAAACCAAGCUGUGAGUCUGGAACAAGCACGGAGCCCUGAGGACUUCAGCUCCUUAGAAGUGCCAUCCAAGUCACCCCCGAAUCACGCUGAGAGCCAUCAGCAAAUAACUGCAGGCGAACUCACACAGGAUGAGAAUGAGAAAGAAAGACAAUUUAAUGUGUCAGACAUGGAGAGCUUUGGGACAAAGGAAACUUCGCUGGAGAGAUCACCUGCUGGAGGUCAAAUGAAUAAAGAUGACAUAGGAGAGGCUGAAGAAAUAAAAAUUCUGGAGAGCGCUUCAAAGAGUGUGCUUUGUUCCCAUGUAAGGAUAAGCGAGAUUAAAGAUCUUUCUCUGCGUGGAACAGAAACGGAAGAGGGUAAUAUUGCCGGUGUAAAUAUAAUGGGUAAAAACAAAUCCGUUCAACAAAGCUAUGAAGAUGAGACAUCCUCUGAAGACAUUACAGAUUCCCACCCACCUUCAAAAUCCGAUAUCCAAAAAGACGAAAUGGAGGAUUCCCUUCUUUUACAGAAGGCCAAAGUAUACACAGAGGACAGUCUAAAAUGUUUUCUCGCUGUAGAGACUCCGCAGCCAGAGAUACUAAACCUGCCUGAGAUAUUAAGUGAGACUACACAUAAUCUAAAUCCAAAGCUUAACUCCGCUCCUAGUACGGUGACUGAUGCUGACCAACACGAAUUAGACAGGAACAAGACCUCAGGUAACAUGAUGUCAUCAGGGAGAGACAAAGACAGACAGUCUAAUCAAAAUAUCAUUAGCUCAAACACGGACAUAUUCAAGGAAACAUCUGUAACCGGUUCUGGUCCUGAGACAGAUUCAGAUCACCAAGACAGGCCUAAAGUCACACCACAUCUUCCAAGUGUGGACCAGAACGCCGUGAUCGCUCUGUCUGGUGCCCCUCAGCAUCACGAAAAAGAUUUUUUAAAGAUAUUCACAAAUAAGGCAACAGAUGAAUCCCGUCAGGAUGGAUGCGCUGCAGGAGCAGCGUUAUCAGACAGCGCAGCAAACACAUCUGUCUCACAAGACGUGCAACAUUCCUCCUUCGUGUGCAACCUAAUAAGUAUGCAAGCUAACGAGAAACAAGAUAAAGUGCAGAGCAAGCACGGUUCACAUGUGCAAGCCUCCAACAGUGAGAAACAGUCAAGCCAGCCUGAUGAAAAGCAUGCAACGGAGAUUAGUCUGAACACAGAUGAUGCUUCCACAAUCAUGGAGAUAACACAAGGUCCUCAGAAAAGCAAACACGUUUCUGAUAUGAUAAAGGAAACUAUUGAGUUGCAGAGGAAGAUGAAGGAGUGGACCAAGCCAACAGAGACCCGGGUCGACCUGACCUUAGAUCCAACGCAGUGUGUGAAAGUAGCACAGAUGAAAGCAGCAUUCGACCCACCGAAAAAAUCACCUGACAAAGCAAUAGAAAGAAAAGCCUCAGUGAAAAAAGAUAUGUUCAAACGGGUUGUGCGACAGAGCAAGUUCCGGCAUGUGUUCGGUCAAGCGGUGAAGAACGACCAGUGCUACGAUGAUAUCAGGGUGUCCCGGGUGACGUGGGACAGCGCCUUCUGUGCGGUCAACCCUAAAUUCGUCGCCAUCAUCGUGGAAGCCAGCGGCGGCGGAGCAUUCAUGGUUUUGCCUCUACAUAAGUCGGGCCGUAUAGAUAAGGCCUACCCUACAGUAUGUGGCCACACCGGUCCUGUUCUGGACAUUGAUUGGUGCCCUCACAAUGACCAGGUCAUUGCUAGCGGAUCUGAAGACUGCACUGUGAUGGUGUGGCAGAUCCCAGAGAAUGGUUUGGUUACCUCAAUGUCAGAGCCUGUGGUGGUAUUGGAGGGUCAUUCUAAAAGAGUGGGCAUUAUUACCUGGCAUCCCACUGCCCGUAACAUCCUCCUCAGUGCAGGCUGUGAUAAUGUGAUUAUUAUCUGGAACGUGGGGACGGGAGAGGCCAUGAUCAAUCUGGAGGAUAUGCACCCUGACCUCGUCUAUAGCGUGUGCUGGAACCGUAGCGGCAGUAUCAUCUGUACCACCUGCAAAGACAAGAAAAUCCGGAUCAUCGAUCCCCGCAAGGAGGAGAUCAUUGCGGAGAAGGACAAGGCCCACGAGGGUGCCAGACCCAUGAGAGCCAUUUUCAUGUCUGACGGCAAAGUGUUUACCACUGGUUUUAGCCGCAUGAGUGAGAGACAGCUUGCGCUGUGGGAUCCGGAAAAUAUAGAGGAGCCCAUUUCUGUUCAUGAGAUGGACACCAGUAACGGAGUCCUCCUGCCCUUCUAUGACCCCGAUACUAAUGUGGUCUACCUGUGUGGAAAGGGUGACAGCAGCAUCCGUUACUUCGAGAUCACGGACGAGGCUCCUUACGUCCAUUACCUCAGCACUUUUACCACCAAGGAGCCCCAGAGAGGCAUGGGAUACAUGCCUAAGAGAGGGUUGGACGUCAACAAGUGUGAGAUUGCAAGGUUUUACAAACUGCAUGAGAGAAAGUGUGAGCCUAUCAUCAUGACUGUGCCAAGAAAAUCGGACUUGUUUCAGGACGACCUGUACCCAGACACAGCGGGACCCGAUGCCCCCCUGGAGGCCGAAGACUGGUUCGAUGGAAAGAAUGGCGACCCCAUCCUCAUAUCCCUGAAAAACGGAUAUGUCCCGGGCAAGAACCGUGAUCUCAAAGUGGUCAAGAAAAACGUCCUGGACAGCAAGUUGACCAAGAACACUGAGAACACCGCCCCUGCCAACAAGACUGCCAACUCCACGCCAUCUAUUAAAAACGAAGGCAAGAUGGACGAGGUUUUAAAAGAAAUCAAAUCUCUCCGAGAGCUGGUCAGCAGUCAGGAGAAAAGAAUUGCCAAACUUGAGGAGCAGUUGUCUAAAAUGGACAUCUAAAGGAACCCGUACUCCCUCCCCUUUUUUUCUAUUCAGGAUAUCCCAUUGGCCAGGUGGGCGGGACCCGUCACUGCCAAUCACCAUGACAGCGUUCCGUCUAAAGCCUGCCUUACAAAGACUCCAACCAACAUUCCAAGAUAAAUAGUUACUUCCAUUUGCAAUCCCCCAAAAACCUGUUUACAGAUUUCCAUUUGGAAAAUGAGAGGCAACUCAAAAUCUCUCCCCAUUUAGCUUUUACUCGGUCUCACUCCAAACCUUUCUGUAAUGGCUGUGUUUUAUCUGGUGUUCUUGAAUGGUCUUAAGUUUUUGAUUUUCUUAUUAAAAUGAUUAUGACCAAUUGCAUUGUGAAGCAGUUACAUGAACUUGAUGAGCUCAGGGCCGGCAGCCAUCAGUAUUGAAAUCGCCCUUCUCGCUCUUCUGACUUGACAAAUUUGUUAGCACCUUCCUGACAGUAUUUGACUAGCUUUUCUCGAUCUCAACGUUGUACUUAUAAGGGACAAAGCAAUAUGCUAGUAAUGAGAGGAGGGGAAUCAUUGGAUACGUUCAUCACUGAUAAAGGUUCUAAAAAAAUAAAGAUUUUAACAACAUGUAGAAUUAAAAACUUGACAAAUCAGACCCAGGAAGUAAUGAGUGGACUAAAAACUCCACUGAUGAUUAUUCUCGUACCCAUGUCAAAAGUGUAAUGAUAUUAGUAGACAAAAUAUCAAAAUGAUUCUUACAACUCAAAUUACUCCUAAUGGGUUAAUGCAUGCAAAGAGUCUUAAUUUGUUUCUGUACGUCCCCUAUAUUAAUACAUAUCGGCACUUUUUCUGGGUGCAAACCAACCGAGUGCAGGUCUCAUUCCGUAGUGCUUAAGUUUCUUUUCCCAAAACAGGAAGAAUAUCGCAUAAUCAAAAUUGGGGGCAUAGAUGUCCAUUAGCUUUACGUAGGGUCUCUUAAACGCUUCCAAAAUGUAGCUGAUCUUUUCUUUACCGACUUAAACGCUUUUACUCUGACUGUGGACUCAGGAUGGCUAGUCAGAUGUUUGUUCAGGUCUAUAAGCAACACCAUUAGUGCUUCGCUGGUGGUGUACAGGUCUGCGCUUUGCUUUCUUGAUUCUUUCUGUAAAGCUUGAAUUGUGGCAUCCACACUGUCUGAAACUGAAUUUGCCGGAGGCUUCAUCAGUCUUUCGCAGCUUUAUCCGUGCGUACAUUUAUACUGUGUCGUAGGUUGUGUCUGCCUGCAAUGCAGUGAGUCAUGACUGACUUCCUUUUCCUAAAGAGGUUCUUCAACCUGCUCUCCUAGCCAAGCAGAACCGACUCUCUCAAGCGACGACUCAAGUCUCGUCGUUUUUGUUUUUAUGUGACUGUAAUAGUCAUGUUACGUAUGCCACAUGUAUGGUGUGAUGACAUCUGUUUUUGGGUUGUGUUGUUUUCCAUGCCAACAAGAGAGGAAAGCAUGAAGCGUGAUAUGGUUGCUUUGGCAAAUCUGUGUAGUUUUUCUUCUUCCACGUAUCUCUCUGGUUGAAUCACUGCCUGAAAACACCUCCACAUGCUUCUCAGUAUUAGAAUAAAAGUCCAACCACCUUCUCAUCUCGCAACCACCAACCAACCUGCAGGAAGUUGAUUCGAAAGAAACCCUGAGAUAUAUCUGUCUACAUCACAGCAAUACCUCUGAUCUCAUUCUUUUUCUGCUCUGUCGCGCACUCUUGUUCUCGCUCUUCUUUGGGUGAAGUUUUGAUAAAGUGAGAGGUUUGAAAAUGUAGGGGCCGUAUUUAUGGGUAAGAUGUGCCAAGCUGGAAUUACGUUUGAAAGGACAGUAGGGCUGAGGAAUGUCAUGAAACGUCAGCGAAGAUGUGAACAAUACACGAUGAUGGGUUGUACAGCUAGCUUUGACCUCCUUGGGCCUAAAAAUUAGGAACACGUCAUGAUUCUUACAGUUUACGGGACGUGUGAUUGGUUCAUCUGUGGCUUCCAAUGAUCAUGAGUGUUUAGGAGGCCUUAAGGUCGGAAGGCUUUUCUGACGUGGCCUUGACUGUAUGUUUUUUAAAAGCAGCAAAUUAUUGAAAUGAAUUCCAGGGGUUAUUGUAGGUUGAAAAGAAUGCAGGCAAAAGCUGAUUUUGAUGCUUUGUAAAUACUUUUUUAUUUUUCCUAUCUUUUCUUUGGCUGUAGGGAGGUUUUUCAUUUGGAUUCCGAUGAUUUUAAAGAAUAAUUCCACUUUUCCCCGCACCAUUAUGCACACUCUGAGCCUUGAUUGUUUUCAGUGAUAAAAAAUCUAAUUGAACGGAAGGAAAUUGAGAAUGCAGUUUUGUAGAUAACUGUUCCAUUUUUGUUUGUUCAUCUGCUUCGAGUACAAAGAGUCUUACAGAAUACCAGAAAAUAAAAAAGUAAACUGAA